AUGCGCUUUAAUAUCGUUUUAAUAUCCUUUUUAAUGGUGGUCGUUUUUACUAAUUAUUUUAACAAUUUUUUGAUUUUAACCCCAAAUUUGGUUAUCCUAAACCCCAAAAAAUCGAUAUUAUCCGUUUUAAAUUCGCAUUUAGCCGGGCUAACGUAA